AUGAGCUCUCGACCAGCCGUCCCUCCCCCUCCAUCCUUCGACAAUCUCACGCCUGAUGGGGUACUGGCCGAGACCGAAGAUAUACUCGACUCCACUUUAGCUCUGCAUGACACUCUAGCCGCUACAUUCACACCCGAAACCGCAGAUUUUCCCGGUGUAAUCCGACCUAUUGUGGACUAUACCAACCACGCAACAUGCCGCUUACGCAUUUUGACGACCCUACUGGGCCAGUUGUCACCAGACCGGGAACUCCGGCAUGCCGCCCAACAGGCCGAAACCCGUGCCGCUGCAGCUCAAACCAACAUUCUCAUGCGUAGUGACAUUGCAUCCCUGGUUGCAGCGGUAUACGAGAAAGAAAAGAUCACGCCGGGUGGGAACCUUGAUGAGCAAGAUCGCCAUUUGCUUGCUCAUAUGCACAGCGAGUACGUGCGUUCUGGGGCAUGUCUACCAAAUGAUGAGAAGCGGGAAGAAUUGCGCGUUUCGCUCGACAAGAUCAAUGAUCUGCGAUGCGCAGCACAAGCCGCCUUCACGGAAGAAGAGGACGGCAUCUGGUUUCAACGCUCAGACUUGGCGGGCGUCCCGGAAGACACACUUGCAUCAAUGACUCAAGAGGGAUCUCGGAUCCAGGUAACAUGCCGCAAUGACCAUGUGACGGCUGUGAUGCGACAUGCAGUCAGUAGCGAGACACGUCGGCAGUUUGCACUCGCUCAGCAAAAUCGUCUUCCCGACAAUGUAGCGCGCUUAGCCAAGUUAGUCGCUUUACGCGAUCGUGUUGCACGGCUCUUGGGGUUUGAACAUCACGCAGCUCUUAAAAUUACGGGCAAGAUGGCACCGAGCGUUGCUUACGUUGAGACUCAGUUGACUGACCUUCACAAAAGGCUAAAGCCACUUGCAAAAGCUGAAGCUAACAUAUUGCUUCAUCUCAAAGAGAUUGAAACUGGUGCUGGGGAGCUAUAUUCGUGGGACAGGGCGUAUUAUCUUCACAAGCAAAACCGGGAGAAUUUCUCCGUGGACCACGCCCUUUUAGCUGAGUACUUUGAAGCCAAUCAUACGCUUCAAGGGAUGCUCAAUGUGCUUAAUGAGCUUUUCGGUAUCAAGUUUGUGCGCAUCAAGACCUCAGUAUGGCACGAUAGUGUCAUGGCAUAUGAAGCCUGGGAUAUGCUCGAUGAAGGAGGCAAUUUCCUGGGACAUUUGUACGUGGAUAUAUUUGACAGAAGGGGGAAAUAUCGUGGCGCGCAUCACGUUAUGAUUCAACCGGGCUUCACUGUAGCGAACGGUGAAAAACACUACCCGGCUUCAGCGUUGGUGUGUAGUUUCCCCAACCCAACGCCUUCUCGCCCAUCCCUACUUCAGCAUAGUGAGGUAAAAACCAUGUUUCAUGAGCUUGGACAUGCUAUCCACAACAUUGUUGCCAGAACCAAGUAUUCCAUCCCUCAUUCGCGAGACUUCAUAGAGAUUCCGAGCAUCAUGUUGGAGAACUGGAUCUGGCUCCCCGAUAUACUCGUUCGACUGGGUCGUCACUAUGAGAGUUACCAGGCCCUACCACGCGACCUAGCAGAAGGGAUCGCACGCACAAGAAACGCAAACAGGGCUAGCAACAUCCUGGCUCAGGUUCAGCCAGCCUUAUUCGACCUUGCCAUCCAUACACCUCCAACUCAUGAAGCUGCACUGGAAAUGGACACGACCGCGAUUUGGAACAGUACAAAGAGAGACAUACUACCGUAUAGCUCUGGUCCAAACCCGCAAGAUUUGGGGGCUGGACAGGCGCGAUUCGCGCACAUGUUUCGCAAGAACGACGGUAGUUACUUUGCUUAUCCCUUAUCUAUGGUCUAUGCAGCAGACAUGUUCGCAUACGCAUUUGCACGAGACCCGAUGGAUCCGGAAGCUGGGAGACGGUAUAGGCAUCAGUUGCUAGAGCCAGGGUCGAGUCGUCCAGAGAUGGAGAUAUUGAAAGAAUUCCUGGGACGAGAGCCGAUUAGUAAGACGAUUUUGGACGAGCUUAGCCAAUAG